AUGCCGUUUCCCGGUGGCGGAUGCCAAACAUGUAGAGAUCGACGAAUCAAGUGUGAUAAGGCCCAACCAAUCUGUCAACGAUGCAUAAAAUCCCGGCGAACAUGCUAUGGCAUGCGGGAUCACCAAGUCUGGCAUACGGAGAAUGCUUAUGCAAGCCGCCAGGAGAAGCGCCCUAGAGGGCCUCGCUCGAUGAAAAUGAAUCUAACUGUGUCUUACAAGCCUGCCGAUCUAAAAACAUACGCAGUUGCAUACUUUAUGCAUAACUAUCUGCAGGCGCCGCAUAAUGUUCCCGAUAUUGUCAAGGAUGUCACUAGAGGAUGUAUAGCCGUGCUUCCGUCAGCACCGUGGUGUUCAAUCCUCGACCUAGCGGUAUCCUCUUUGGCUCUAGCUAUAUUUUCGAGGACCCAAAAUUACCCUCGCGCUACUGUAGUGGCGUCUGCCACGUAUCAUCGACUUCUGCAGGUAGCGCAAACUGCGAUACAUUAUCUGACACCCGAGAAUGUUGACUCGUGUCUGCUUGCGGUCUUCUUUAUGGGUCGCUACGAGGACUCGGUAUACCACCCACCGACCAAGUACCCAUUUAUACAUGCCUCACCGAGCUUCUCACAUCAUGAUGGAGCGUGGGCAAUCUUGAAGGUGUGGAAUGACCAGUUAAGCGCCGAUCGGCCCGCGACGAAUGUUAUUAAGCAUACUAGACGGGGUCUACUCAGAUCGGCCCUCAUGCGAAAUCUAGCACUGCCACGUUGGGUGCAUGAUGGUACUUUCUUCACUGAGCAUGGCCUUGAACUUGAAUACGACCGAAUUAUCACAGGCCUCCUGAACCUCCGCCAUCGGUUGUUCACUCUCAUCAACGAGAUUACCGCUCGGGGUGCAUGUCAAAAAACCGAGUUAAUUUCCAUACUCGAACAGCUUGAUGAAGAGUCGCGCACCCUCGAUCUAGACUUAGAGACGUGCAUUUCCCAUGUCCCUGAUGCAUGGCACCAGGUUCAAGAACAUACGCUAUCAAACGCGGACCUGCCGUCUUGGCCAUCUGCAAAUUUCUAUGCCCCCACACUAUACAGCUAUCCCAGUCCAGCAUAUGCAGCUUUUUGGGGUCAAUACAAUGCUACAAGAAUGCUUAUCAAGAGUACGCGGUUAAGAAUCCUCGCCCUCCAUAAUCCAGAUAAUUCAUCCCUGAAGGAAAAGCUUCUUUCCGAUAUACAGUCUGUAUCUGAAGCUCUGGCGGCAAUUGUACCCUUUGCGCUUCAAAGAUUCAAAUUAGUCGAGAACACGCUUUCAUCAGCAUCUCCUGGUGUAUCCAUCACACUGAAUCUAAAGGAAGAAAUUAAACCAGCGGACGCUAGUCUGGUUGUCUGGCCGCUCACCAUUGUGUCAGGCCUUAAUGAAUUGGCGAAGAGACACGUCCGUUUUGACGUUGAUGAGCUCGCCCGCCUAGCUGUUCGGGCUGCAGAGGCGGCAAGUAAUGGGCCGCGAACGUGCAUCAGCAUUGAAAAAAUGGCAGACGGAAUGCACAAUAAGGCUAUACGCUUCACAAUGGACAACGGGUUUCAAGCAGUGGGCAAAGUUCCGAAUCCGAAUGCUGGGCUUCCGCACUUCACCACUGCCUCUGAAGUCGCUACGAUGGACUUCAUGAGCAACGUCCUCGGUACGCCAGUUCCAAAAGUUCUUUCGUGGAGUUCUUCGACCGACAAUCCUGUUGCGGCGGAGUACAUCCUCAUGGAGAAUGCACGCGGCGUACCACUGAGUAGCCUGUGGGACAAACUUGGCGCGCCGGUCAAGUUCAAGGUUCUUGAAAAAGUCGCCUCCUACCAGAAGCUCUGGUCCCAGGUUUGCUUUUCGCAGUAUGGGAGUCUGUACUACCGAAGUGACCUCGACCAGUCAAGUCCCAACCUCCGGUACACCGAUAAAGAUGGGAAUCACGCCGUCGAUGAGAGGUUCGGUGUUGGGCCUUCGGUGAGUCGGCAGAAUAUCGAUGAUGGCAGGGCAAAGCUUGAUUUUGACCGAGGCCCCUGGGAUACCGUAGACGCUUAUGAACGAGCGACUGGAGAGCGCGAAGCUUAUUGUAUCAAAAGUAUGGAGCAAUUACCACGAUCGCCCAUUGCUAUUCACUAUUCGGGGACGUACCAGCCGUCGCGCGAGACAAAGCUUUUCGCGAUCGAGAGCUACCUCAAAGUGGUCAAUCUCUUACUACCCGAGGACGACGACAUAUCAGCGUCCUGUAUCUGGCAUGACGACUUGCAUAUCGAGAAUGUCUUUGUCAAUCCAGAGGAUCCAUCAGAGAUAUGCGCCUUCAUUGAUUGGCAAUCGACAGAACUCGCCCCGCUAUACCAUCACACCAUCGAGCCGUAUAUCCUAGACUACAAUGGCCCACCACUCGAAGGCCUCCUCGACCGACCGGAGCUCGCCGACGUCAAAGCGCUGUUCCAGGAUGAACACGACCAAGCAAUCGCAACCCGCAAAGCGGAGUCCUUGUUUACUAGCAUGUCUCUGCUCGCGCUUUACAGAUACCUACUUCACAAAAGAAUUCCUCGAUUGUUCAAGGCUCUUGAGUUCCGGCAGACAAACUGCUUUGACUUACUUCUGUUCGCACGGAACCUUCUUGUCGACGGCGAGGCUACCUACCUCGGACUCCUAGCCAAGCAGCAAGAGGAGAAUUGGGCUGGUGUCCCGAGGAUAUUGAGGACUGGAACAAAGGCACCGCUUACGUUCUCGCACGAUGUUCUCCGGAAGAUCAAAUCUGAUAGCGCAGGCGCUUCGGCAGCAAUGGCGCUGAUGGGAGACGUGCAGCGCAUGAUCGGUAGCCAGUAUUUCCAGGGGCGGGGAUUAGUGAGCCACGCGCAAUUCGCGGAGCUCGAACGAAUUCUCCCAAAGGCGAGAGAUGACUUUGUGCGGGCGCAUGCGCGCAACGAGAAAGAAGAGCUGGAGCUCUCUCGCGCAUGGCCAUUCGAUUUACCGGACCGCGGUGCGCAAAGAAACGCAAUAGCUUGA